AUGUCAUCUUCCAAUAGGACUGGAUCCAUCCCCCUGACCUUCACCCUCACCGGCAUCCCUGGUCUGCUAAAAAUCUUUCCUGGUCUACUGAUGAGCAGCUACUGGAUGGCAUUGCCUCUCUGCUGCCUGUACCUCCUCAUGCUCCUGGGGAACUGCACCUUACUCUGGAUGAUAAAGUCAGACCACAGCCUCCAUACCCCCAUGUACUAUUUCCUCUCCAUGUUGGCCAUGGCAGAUCUGGGCUUGUCUCUCUCCACCAUGCCCACCAUGCUGGCAAUUUUCUGGUUCAAGUCCACUUCCCUCUGUUUUGAGGCAUGCAUUGUCCAGAUGUACUUCAUCCACUCCUUCUCUGCCAUUGAGUCUGGAGUCCUGGUGGCCAUGGCUUUUGACCGCUUCGUUGCUAUUUGCUACCCUUUGUGCUACGGCUCCGUCCUGACCAGCUCCCUGAUAACGAAGGUGGGAGGGGUGAUCUUCCUGCGGGGUGUCUGUGUGGUGCUACCUGUUGCUGUCCUUAUUAAGAAGAUGCCUUUCUGCAGUUCCCGGGUCUUGUCUCACUCUUUUUGCCUGCACCAGGACAUGCUCAGGUUGGUUUGUGGGGAUGUCAAGGUCAACAGCUUGUAUGGGCUGACCGCGGUGAUAUUCACCAAGGGUCUGGACUCCCUGGUUAUCCUCCUGUCUUACAUGAUGAUCAUCAGGGCCAUCCUGAACAUCGUCUCCCAGGAAGCACGAGCCAAAGUCUUUAGCACAUGCAUCUCCCACCUCACUGCCAUCCUGAUUUUCUACAUCCCACUCAUUGGCUUGUCCAUCAUCCACAGGUUUGGGAAGCACCUGCCCCCUCUCACUCACACACUCCUGGCUGAUGCUUAUCUCCUGGUGCCGCCCGUCCUGAACCCACUCGUGUACAGCUGGAAAACCAAACAGAUCCGCAGGCGGAUCCUCACCCUGCUCUGUUGGAGAUGGACCCAGCAGAGAGCCUAG